GGUUUGUACACGAAGAUCUGAAGAUCGAAGUUUAAACAUUGAACAUGAGAUAGAAACGUUUGAAUUAUGUGAAUGAAUGUUACCAUUUAACAAGAUUUCCAAUUAGUGACUGAGGAAUAAACGACACGACACAACAGUCAUGGCUGACGAGGAGAGUAAAGCUCCAACUGAAUUGAUGGAAGUGGACAAGGAGAUGCAGACUGAUGAACCAAGUGAGAUAACAGUUGAAGAACAUGCAGAAAGCUCCGUCAAUGCUGAGGAAACAGAAGGGAACCCGACGCCUGUCGCAGAAGGAGAGGGUGCACCUCCAGUUGAGGCAGAGGUAGCACCUCAAGCUGAGAGUGAGGCUGCGCCUCCAGCUGAGAGUGAGGCUGCGCCUCCAGGGGAGGGAGAAGUUACGCCUCCAGCUGAGGGAGAGGUUGCACCUGAAGCUGCUGUAGAUUCUGCCCCCCAACCUGACGAAGAGGCCACUCCACAAACAGAAGCUGCAGCUGAAACAGACAGAGGAACAGACGAACCUGUCGAUGGGGAGGUUGCACAGGAACAAACUCCCAAAGAAACAAAAGAGGAUGGAGUACCGACUGAGGAAGCACCACAAACUGAUGAGGUUUCCGCGCCAGAGACCCCGGGAGCGACCCAAGAGGCUGAAGUAACAGACGGGGAGAAGACGGAAGAAGCGACUGACGAUGUCGCCGUCGACUCUGCUGUUGAGGAAAGUAAAACAACCGAGGAGGAACAACCAAAGACUGACCAAGAUGUUGAAGAUUCUCCUCAAGAAACAGAGACUGCUGAGGUAUCGACACAAGAGGGGGAGGAAGAUAUAGAGAAGAGAGCAUCACCUGUUGAGAAGGAGACGGUUGGCAUGGAAACGGAUCAGACUGAUGAGCAACAUGAGGUUGAUCCUCAUGCUGCUUCACCGGUGCCGGAUCCUCUGAACGCAACCGCUACAGUGAAAUUUGUUUUGAUGCCGAGUGGCCAGGUGACAACGAUGGCGUGCGCUCUAAGUCAAACCAUGCACCAGCUUCGAGCUCACUUUGCUACAGAGUUGAGAAUGCCGUCCGAUCAGCUCGUCUUCAUGUAUGAUGGUUCAAAUGUGAAAGAUGGUUUGACCCUUCAUGACCUUGGCGUUGGUCCUAAUGGUGCAGUCCAGAUGGAGAUCUCCUCAGCUGAUCCAGUGGCUAACCCCCUGAAAUCCCUUAAGCCUAAGCCAUCGUACAUCAUGCCUGACGUCAUUACUGUUAAAGUACAGAGAGACGGUGUUCAGGAGGACAUAGUAGUGGAGAUUGAACGUUCCAUGCAACACAAACCAUUCCUGGGUGGCUAUCGUCAUCGCAACACAGGAGCGGAGUUCUUCCACGCCUCGGCUCAGACCAGACCAAAGUCGCGCAAGGACAGCGGGAUCGAGAAGAACUGCCGCGAGACGCAAACGGUCAAGAAUAGGAAUGUCAGACAACAGAGCAAGAUCGAUACCUCCACACAGAUGACGAUGAUCGGCUGCUACGUGUCCAACAUGACCGAUAAACUGAUGGUGCCUGGGAAGUAUCAAACGGCCGAGGAGUAUCAUGAUAUCAGAUUGAAGAAGGUCAUCAUACUGCAGUCUUAUUUCCGACGAUGGCAAGCCAAGCGUCAGGUCGCAAAGCUACGUGUAGAUCUCGCUCAACGGUUGGAAUGGGAGAGAAAAGAAGCCAUUCGCAAAGUAAAGGAGAAGGAAGAUCGCAUCCGAAGGGAGUUUGAGAAACGGAUGAAUCCACGAACUAAGGAAGACUUUGAUCUGCUGUAUCAUGCACUGGAGAAGUGGCGCAAGGAGGAGCUGGACCAGAUCAAUGCUGCGUUGAGCGGGCCGAAGCGAAAGGCUGCCCUCUGCCACCUACUGGACCAGGAGACCCAGCUGAUCGCAUCCAUCGGUCGCCACAAACUGGAGGCAGACACUGACAACAAACAGCGUGCUAUACAGAGCUUCCUGGAUAAGGCUGCUGCCCCUAAGAAGUGGCGCGCAUUCGACGGCAAAUUCACCGAAAUGGACACUGCGUACACCAUCAGGGCGCGUGAACUACGUGAUAUCUACAAAAGUCUCAACAUGAAGUACUUGACACAAGAUGAACGAUUGGAUGUACUACUUACUCUCAAACACACAGUCAAGGAGCAUGACUGUAAACUGACCCAGGAGAUAAUAGAGCUGAUAGACAGGGAGGCAGAUCUCUUGAUGAGAGGGGUGAAGGACACAAACCUGGAAGGGUUGCGUAAACGCAUCGCGACACUCUUCUUGCAGUACGUCAAGACGCCAACGUUCAAUGCAGAGGCGGCUAGACUGCUCAAGGUUCCACAAGAUCCUUCCACUCUGCGCAAGAACAUUUACUUCUGCCCAAGCUGCAACAGCUACCUGCCCUCCACGGAGUUCCAGCUGGCGUCGAAUUCACGAAUGGUCGGGCGGUGCCGCCACUGCCAGAAACUGGACAACGACGCCAGGGCGCGCCAGGACUACAGCCACUACCGCUACAUGCUCAAGGCACUGCGCAAGUCAGAGGAAGCCAUGAACGACGGGUCACGUAUUGCUUUCCUGUUGCAGGAGGGUGAUCUACGCUACCUGGUAGAAAACAUCUGGGGCUCGCAGAGCGCCCUCAGCGCGUGGACCGACUUGUACGAUCUGGUGCUAGUGCGUUGGGAUAGAGACGAGGAAUGGUCGCCGUGGAAUUGCAUCCUGCUCACCAAGGAUGAGACAACGACCCAUGUUCAAAUUGAAGAGCUGGAAAAGGGUUAUGGCCGAGUCUUCUGCCACAAAGUCAACACCAAGCACACCCUGGCACGGAACUACUUCUCUCGUCUUCCUGGCAUGGCUGAACAUAUGAAAACAAGAGCCAACCAACCCAAGCCAGGCAAAGGCAUUAUCACCCAAGCUGUAGCACCCACCAGGGCAUAGAUAUACCUUAUAGAUCCCUUGCGACAACUGUCUGCAACGCUUGCCAUUUUGGAAGUCAAAUUUCAUGUAAAUAGUCCCGUUGCCUAAAAUGCGCGCAAGACUAUUUUUAACACGCAGAGGACACUGAUGGCUCCCAAAAUGGCACAACCAGAUUUUUGGAAUGAUGCAAUAUGAAUUGAGUCAAUUGAUCUUAUGCAUUGACGUCGCCAUGUUAGAAAUGCAUAUAGGAUGCACCAAUGCACAACUUCUUUUGAUCUCUAUCUGAGGGCGCCCUACUUGAAUGACACCAUGUGCAUAGGGUCUAUACAAUAGGUUGAAUUAAAUGAGAUGUCAGCGUGAUGUGAUAUUGUACAUAGUUAAUAGAACUUCUUAAACCAUAUCCGUCCAUAGACUUGUAAAAACAAGAAAAUCAAACACAAGUCCUUCUUUUUGAAAUGCAGAGACUGUUUUCUUUCCAAAGGGUCUCAUAACUCGCCAAACCUGUAGAGGAUUGGCCAGCAUUAUCUUUCCUUAAAAUGCCUUUUUAACAUUUGGUAAUGUGAAGCUAUAUAAAUCCAGAUAUAAUUGUUAUUAUUAUUUAUCUUUUUUUAAUUUAAUUACUGAUUUUAUUACCUUGAUUUGAUUUGUAGAAAGCUAAGGUGGGUGAUCCAACUUGAUAAAUGUGGAGGGGAUUUGCAUUUCUAGGACUUGACUUAAAGCGGCCAUCCUGAUUUUGCAGAAAGUUCCCCGAAAAUAUUUCCAUGUUCUGAUAAUCAAAAAUAUGAAAAUCUCCCUGAUUAUGGAAACUUAGACCAAUGUAUAUAAAUUUAAAGUAACUUUUUUUAUUAAUAAUUUCUCAAGUCACAUUUCACAGCACAUUCCUGUAUUUAUAAACAAUGUGUAAAAACCUUAUUACAACUGAAUGUCUACCUAUAUCUUAAAAACAUCGGUGGGGAUUUCUUGAAAAUAUAUAUUGUUAAAGUCUAUAAAAGGUAAGACCCGUGUUGUUUUUUUGCCAAUGUAAUGGUGAUAUAUGGGUCACAUUAUCAAUAAAGAUAACAACAUAAUUUAAACACCUGUGAAAGUUUCAUUUGAAUACCUUGUCUACUUGCUGUGAAAACAGAAGAAAACCUGCCUCUAGCUACCAAGCAAUCUUGGUAGUCUAGUUGGUAAGACACUGCUCUAGAAUUGCAAGGGUCCAGGGUUU